AUGGCCGCUAUACAAGAUGUUAUGCAUACAAUUUCACCACGACUCGCUAUAUUACCAGAUUAUGACGGACAAGAACCACCGCAUACUUAUUAUGCAAAACUUAGAGCUAUAAAUGAAACAGCUAGACCUUUAGGUGUUGCCGCUUUUAAUGCUGCAGAAAGAGCAAAUGUCAUGAAAAGUAAAAUGACAGGUAAAAUUUUUCCAGUUCCAGCACAAAACCCGUAUAAUGCUAAUGCAAAUAUUGUUACUGAAGCAGAAGUCUAUAACUGGAUGCAGGGUAAAUAUCGAGAAACAAUGAUUGGAAAUCAACAAGCGUCUUUAAAAGCACUUAUGAAUGAAAGGUUCACUUCACUAGAUACAAUUGAUACUUAUGAAAAAAGAAUUAGACCUUAUGUAUUAGGUAUUGUCGAUGCAGAAGUAUUGCCAUAUCUCUAUGAUCAUUUACCUCCUAGAUUAGAAACACGAAUCAGAAUAGCAAAUCCAAAUACUGUAAAUGACUUCUUUACGCAAUUAAGGAUUAUUUGGUUAGAGUCUGGAGGACCAACAAGUAAUUUUGGAAAUGAAAUCAAUAGCGGUUCUAGUGCAAUGUACGAUUGGGAUAUUCAGGUGAUUUAUCAGACCCCACAGCAAUACAUCAAUUUUUUGAAAACGACCUUACAAAAAAUUAUGGAAGACAAUCUAAUCAUAUUAAGAAAGAACCUUUUGGACAAAAUAGUAAUACCAGAACUACUAAAAAAGUAUAUACGACAAAGAAACCACAGAAAGUUACUUACAAAUGCUCAAAUUGCGGAAAAAUUGGACAUAGAAAAAAUGUGUCCUGGACUUGUUAAGAAAUCUAAAAAAGUUAAUAAUGUUUAUCAGAGCGAACCAGAAAAUUUAGAUGAUGAGGAGAUUAUUAAUGCAAGCAAGCCUUUGAAUAAUUCCAUUGCAUGUGACAAAGACACUAAACUUCACUCUUUAAAUCACGCCAUUAAAGUAUAUCAAGGAGCACAAAUAAGACAAAAUUGGCCUAACCCUUUUGAGGUCGAUUUUCUUGAUAUAAAAGAACCUAAUGAUGUGGCAACGAUUUCUUGUAGAAUAGGUGACUUAAUAAUACCGCAUGCAAUUCUAGAUACCGGGGCAGAUGAUUCAUUGUAUACAGAUAACAUUCCCGAAUAUUUAGGGAUAAAGAUAGAUAAGAAAAAUGUUCACAAACUUAUGGGUGCGGUUGGAGAUUCUCAAUCUAUUGGUACUUCAUAUAAUGUUCCUAUAUCUAUAGAUAGUGAAAAAGAUUCGAUAACAGUUUCUGAAAAAGAAAUAUCUGUAAUCCCCACGAAAAAGGAUCGAGAUGGAAAAGAUACAUCUACAAUGAUACUUGGUACAAAAUGGCAACCUCGUGUUGGAUGGGAUCCGAUAGUGAAAGGAGAAUUCACAGCUACACACAAUGAAAAGACUAUUACAAUUCCUCUUUCUACUCACAAAGAAUCACGUAAUGCAUUCAAUACAGAAAGAUUACAAGCGUCAGAGGUAAAAAAAAAAAUGUGUAAAUUGUGA